AUGACUAAAAAACUCCACAUGAUUGUCGACAUCGGCAUCGACAACUCGGGCAAAAAAAUGUUCCAGGUCCACGAGACCUCCAAGUCCGUCCGCAACGGCAUGCCCACCUCCUCCCAGUUUGCCGACUCUGCCGUGGACGCCAAACCCAGAAUGCGUGUUUCCACAAGCUCGUCUGCCAUAGAAACCUCCCUGGUGCCGUCCUUCGGCCCGCCUCGAAGCGACUCCGCUGACAUGUCCUACAUCACCACGCCCACCAGCGCCACCUCUCUGACCCACGGCGAAGAGAAGGAUAUCUGGUGUUCUGACGUGCAGCAGGCGUUUGAAGAGGUGCUCGCUAUCGUGCCGAAAAAGGGCCUCAACAAGAUAAAAAUCGGCGGCCGCUCCUGUGGCCGUAACGAGUUGAUCUCGGAUUACAUCAUGGCCAAAACAGGCAAGUACAGAUCCAGAAAGCAGGUGUCCAGUCAUAUCCAGGUGAUAAAGAACAUGGGUCUGCGCAAGGAGCUUAUAGCCUUGAUCAACGACGGACCGCAGUUCGGCUCCGACGAGGAGGCCGAGCUCAACAACAAGCGUUUCGAGGAGAUUUUUGCCAAAAUCAACUUGAACAAGUCCCUCGGUGUCGUGCCCACUGACGGUAAGGGCGAAAGGCGCCAUUCCACCGGCAUUUCCUCUACGCCCAAGAGAAAGCGUCUCAAUACAGAGCUCGUGUCGAUCAGAAACAUCAGCUUCUCCAUAGACAGCGGCAUGCCAGGCAGUAAUAGCGUUCUCACGUUCCAGGACGACCUGCCCGUGAAGCUGUUGACGCUCAAGGAGGACGCCAACUUUGCAUCGAGAUUCCCCGGUUUGGAGGAGUUCGCCAGCACAAACGUGCCCAUUCUUCAUAACAUGAUCCGUCUUCUCAACCCGGCCAACGUGCCCAUGGAUUUUUCCGUCGAUAGAGACCUCAAAACAAACUACAUGCUUGAAUUUGCAACCGUGCCCCAAGCUGGACUCUGCAGCUUCACCCUGGUCUAUUCCUUCGGCACUGAGGUGCUCAAGGUCAACGAGGACAACUUCCUUCCCAACACCAACCAGCCAUUCCUACUUAAAUUCUGGAAGUGCUUUUUCUACCAGUUGUUGCAGCAGCCCACAUCCUUGGACGCUGCCUUCAAGGGCAUCACCGUCAAACAGGUCAUCUACGAGCGUCACGACGGCUCCACGAGUCUAGUGCCCAAAACUCGUAUAAAGGCUGUUUUGCUUUGGGAGUUUUCAAAAGUUAAAACGUGGGGUGAAGCCGUUUCCACCACAUCCAGGCUCUUCCUUCCGCCCUCGCUUCAGACGCCUAUCGACCUAAGCGAUGCCGUUACUCAGCCUCCAAACCCAGUGAAGCAGGAGUACGUAUUUUCACCAAACCAGGUACCUCCUGUCAAGCAGGAACCCCAAGACCCGAUGACCGGUUUUUACCAGGCUCCAUAUUUCCCACAAACGCCUACAAAUUUCCACACGCCGCCUCCUUCUGGCCAUGGCUUCCAUCCUUCGGUAAAUGUGGAUUUGGCAUCGGUGAGAAACCUACCUGGUGAGGACCCGCUCGGUUAUUUCCCGCCCUCUACAGAGUUCCCAUGA